AGGAUUACAGGCUUCUAAAAUUUAGUAGCCUUCACUUUUAAGAAAAGAAUUUCAAAGCGUUUUAGCAAGGAGCAUUUCUACAAAACCCAAGGUGAUUGGCUAGUGGACAGCUUUUCGCCUCAUUGUGGUGCUUUAUGAUGUCACAGAUGCCCGGCCUGCUGCCUAUGUUACAGUGGUCACCUGUGCGCAUUUCACUGUGUAUGUCUUGCUGGCUGGCAAGAGUGUCUGACACACUUUGGUGAACCGCAUUAUCCAAUACCCAGGCUCUGACCUGAGUAUUAUCUAAUUAUCUGAUGAUCUGUCUCUGAGCAUUUUUUUAGAUACAGAUCUCUUUUUUCCAGUUGAUAAGGACAGAUGUGUAACCAAAGACUGUCCAUGAUUUUUCCCUUGCUGUUUGCCUGCUUCUUCAGGGACAGCUUCUGCAUUUGUGAUGGAACUACUUGGACGAAAGUUGGCUGGGAGAUUUUUCCAGAAGAAGUAUAUUAUCUGAAAGUUAGUCCUUCUCCAUCUCACUGUCUACCUUACCCUCUCAACAAACUAUGCUGCGAUUUUGCUAACAUGGAUAUAUUACAGAGCUGUUUACACGUGACUUCUAUUUUAGUACAAACCCUCUUUCUAAUCCUGUCGGUUUUAUCUACGCACUACCUGUGGGUGAAAUGGAAGAAACACAAAAAGAAGAUGAAAGAACAGGCUUGCCUGGAUAAAACUGACAAGGAGCUGCACAGCCCGUCCGUUUAUGACAUUGAGCAACUGCUCUGCAAGCUGGUGGCGACGACAUCAAUGAUGACCAAGUACCUGAACGAAGUCUCCCAGCGUUCCUCCUCCAAGAAAAUCAAGCACCGCAAAUCCAAGAAAAAGAAGUUUGAAGGUGCAAUGGGCUACUAA